AUGGAGGAUGGGGUGGAGCCCAACGCAUUUACUUACUCAUCCGCUUUGAAAGCAUGCGCCCACCUGGAAACCGUUCUGCACAGGAAAUUGAUUCACUCCUCAGCAAAUAAAAGUCCUGCCAUGUCUAAUGCUAUGAUAGUGGGUUAUGCAAAGAAUGGUCUUUGCCAGGAGGCUAUGAAGCUCAUGUAUCGAAUGCGAACAGAGGGUUUUGAGGUGGAUGAUUACAUCCUUGCCACUGUUCUUACUGCACGUGGAGACCUUCUUUUUUAA